UUCUGCGACCCGUCCAUGGACCACCUUGACCGCCGUGGAGACCAAGCCACCACCGGUGUACCCGCUCCUCUCCUGUAUGCUGCUGCGUAUAAUUAGGGGCCGUCGCCAUGGCUGUUCUUCCAUUGAGCCACUCAGAAACGAAACCAGAGCCCCACCAAUCUCCAAAGACUCUCCGUGGUUAGGGGAAAGAGUAGUGCUAGCGAGAUGGCUGGCCGCAAGCUGGGCGCUGAAGCAGCUGCACGAGCGAAGAUGAACAAGUGCAAGAUCGUCAACAUAGCGGCGGCGUCCGUGCUGGCCCUGCUGCUCCUGACGGCGGCGGCCGUCUACGUGGCGCGCUGCGACGGCGACCAGCUCCGCGCCAUCUUCGGCACCAGGGACACCUUCCUCGUGUUCUGCGUGGCGACGCACCUCGGGACCAUCUGCCUCCUGACGUGGUACGCCGUGACGGCGCCGACGCCGGCCUCCCGCCGCUCCUACGCGAGGGCCACCGUGGCGAGCGCCGUGCAGCUCGCCGCCAACAUGUACCUCGCCACGCGUCGUGCGGAUGCUGUUUAGGUUCGCGUGGAUGUGUGGCUGCCCAAGACUGGAAGAUGGAUCGAUUUGGAGUUUGGAGAUGAACCGUUUCAAUCACCUGCUACCUAGUGUCUUGGAAGAAGUUUGGAAGGACACUGUCAUCUGGUGUUUCGUUUUAGUAGUUUCAUCUGUCAGUUUCAUUGUUGCAGUGCACUAUGGGAGAUAUCUAUCUUAGCAUUUGAUUGUUGUCUUGUUCGGUUCUGGUUUACACUAUCUGCACUCUGCUGUUUGCAACGGUAGCCUUGAGUGGCCCUUGAUUAUGUCUCUAAUGAUCUAAUCUGUGCA